AUGGCUGGCGGCCGAACUGGAGAGUCUUCGGGAGCAGGUUCCGGGGCGGAAGCUGGGUCCAGCUCACAGCGGCCUGGGGGCCAGAGCCCGCCCCCGAAGAGGAGCAGGCUGGAGCCCAGGCCGCAGGCCCCCAAGUUCCGAAUCCCGCAGUCCCGAUGGCGGUACCGCGGGCCCAAAACCACGCCGCCCAAGGAUCCUGCAGGAGGCCGAACAUCCCUGGAGCAGCCGAGGCCUUCCCCUGCCCCUGAGCCGAGAGCCCCGGCUGGCUUUGAGUCGAGAGCCCCGACUGGCUCUAAGUCGAGAGCCUCGGCUGGCCCUACCCCGAGCCCUCUGACUGGGGAGGAGCAACCGGCUGCAGGGGAGGUUGUCGCGACAAGGGUGGCACUGGCGCGGCCGCCGUCGGGGUCCCCGAGCGCCUCCACUGAGAGGGCUCGCAAGGGACCCAGCCCUCGGCCAUCCCCUGGCCAGGCCCCGGAACCCCUCCCUGAGGUGCUGAGAAGCGCCCAGGAGGUCAUCAGGCGGCUCGAGGCGGCCGUUGCGGCGGAGUGGGCCGAGCUCGAGAAAGAGCGUGUCGCCCUAGUCGACGAAAGGGGACGGCUAGAGGAGGUCCGCAAGUUGCUGGAGACCCGCGUGGCCACGGCUCGCUCGACCUACAAAAGGUCCAUGCAGGAGCUGGCCGUGGAGCGGGAGGCACUGGAGGAGGCCCGCGACGAGGCCAUCGCCGCACAGGAGAAAGCUGACCACCUGGGGCGGCUCGCGGCGGAGCGCGACCAAGCGUCGAGGAAGCGCGCCAGUGAGCUGGCCGCUCGUGAGGAGCAACUUGCCCGACGCGAGCAGCAGGUUGCCACACGGGAGGGGGCGGUCGGCAAGCGGGAGGAAACCGUGCAGUCUGCACAGGCGAACCUCCACUGCCAAGCCGACGACCUUGAGCGUGGAUGCAUCGACCUUCUCCGCUGGGAGGAGCAGGUCGCACUGUGUGAGACGGAUGCUGAUCUAGCAGCGUCAACGCUCGCCACCCGGGAGGAGCAUGUCGCCAACCAGGAGGCCGACCUAACCACCUGA